CAGAAUGUAUCCGAGUAGCUCUGACACUCACGUACUUCGGUUUCAGUUGUUUCAACGUGACGAGGUACGGCGGUCCUGCGGGCUGCUGCAAGAAAGGGCGAGAUCAGAGACAGAGAGAACACUUUGUAGUGGAGUGGAAAGCCUUUACAUCAUGGGCAGUGAAGAAGCUUUGCAGAGGGUAGUUCCGAGGUCGUGUCCAGCUCUUAAAAUAUUCGAGUCCUGCUUUUUGGUGUACGUUGAGGACGUUUUGCUCCACCAGCCGUACGUACAUGCGAGCUCUUGGAUAUCACUUGCAUGUGCUCAUAGCUGCUGACGAGCUUUAGCCACAUGGCCAUGCGCUCUAUUGGCAUGUGCCUAAAUCUCGACGGAAUUCGUCUACUGCUCCCCUAAGACUCACUAAAUUCGCCUCGCCUCAACUCUGUACUCCAUAGCUGUGUGGAGAAUCUUUCCCACUGCGAUGAGAAUGUAUGCGAUGUCCUGCAUUGGGCCAAUUAUUCCGUGUCGUUUGACAGUGACCAGGUCGUGUAUUAGAGUCUGAGGCUAGGCUCCCGUCGGGACAACCACUGGUGCACAUGUGACGAGAAUGCAUGUAAGAGCGAAUGUUCGAGGGUAAAAUAUUGGUGG